GUUGCGUUUGAUGUAUAGGUUAGAAUUUCCUAGAGUAAUAAUGUUUUGUGUUUAAAAUUAACAAUACAAUUACAAAAAAAAUGUGUUACAUUCAAAUCUAAUUAGAAAUAUCCUUUUGGUUCUGGCUAUAUUAAAACUGAAAAAACAUUUUGCAAGAACGUUAUAUAUACCUUGACUUCACUUUAUAAUUGUAAGUUCAAAGAAUCAGACAUGGCAGCCAAUGGAAAAUUAGCUCUUCUUAGUGUGUCAGAUAAGACAGGACUAGUACCUCUAGCCAAAUGCUUGUCAGAGAUUGGUCUAGGUCUCGUUGGCAGUGGAGGCACUGCUACUGCGCUCCGCAAUGCUGGUCUUAAAGUACUUGAUGUAUCAAACGUAACUGGAGCACCAGAAAUGCUUGGAGGGAGAGUGAAAUCCUUACAUCCGGCUGUGCAUGCUGGCAUAUUAGCUAGACUUACCGAGAGUGACCAAGCAGACAUGAAGCGUCAGAAAUUCGACAUGAUCAGCGUAGUUGUAUGCAACCUGUACCCAUUUGUACAGACCGUUUCAAAGCCGGAGGUAACCAUAUCCGACGCUGUGGAAAACAUUGACAUCGGAGGCGUGACGCUUUUACGUGCAGCUGCCAAGAACCACGAUAGGGUCACUGUGGUGUGUGACCCAAGCGACUAUGAUAAUGUCAUUGCUGAGCUUAAGCAAGCAAGUGACCAUCAAACCUCUUUGGAGACAAGACAAAGAUUAGCUCUGAAAGCUUUCACACAUACGUCGGAAUAUGACAUUGCCAUUUCGGAUUAUUUCCGGAAGCAGUAUUCCGCGGGCCAAUCUCAGCUCACACUCAGAUAUGGAAUGAACCCACAUCAGAAGCCAGCUCAAGUAUUCACAACUAGAGACGCUUUGCCAUUGACCACCUUGAAUGGUUCGCCUGGCUUUAUAAACUUGUGCGAUGCCUUGAACGGGUGGCAACUGGUCAAGGAGCUAAAAGAAGCCUUGGGACUUCCAGCAGCGACUAGUUUCAAACAUGUCUCGCCAGCGGGGGCCGCUGUUGGAUUACCUUUGACGGAGGAAGAUGCCAACGUAUGCAUGGUGGCAGAUUUGCUGCCUAAACUCACGCCUUUAGCCAAUGCGUACGCCCGUGCAAGAGGUGCCGACAGAAUGAGUUCCUUCGGUGAUUUCAUAGCGUUAUCGGACGUUUGUGACGAAAUCACCGCCAAGAUAAUAUCCAGGGAAGUGUCCGAUGGCAUUGUUGCGCCCGGAUACACCAAGGUAGCUCUGGAUAUACUGAAGAAGAAGAAAGGAGGCAACUAUUGUGUAUUACAAAUGGAUGCCAAUUACGAACCGGACCUUUUAGAGAAGAAAACCAUCUUUGGCCUUACAUUGGAACAGAGACGAAACGAUGCGAAGAUCACGCACGAACUAUUCAGCAAUAUUGUCACGCAGAACAAGGAUUUGCCAGAGAGUGCUAUUAGGGAUCUUAUUGUCGCCACUAUCGCUUUGAAAUAUACGCAGAGUAACUCAGUAUGCUUUGCUAGAGACGGACAGGUGGUAGGCAUAGGCGCGGGCCAACAGUCGCGCAUUCACUGCACACGACUGGCGGGCGGCAAGGCGGGCGCGUGGUGGGCGCGCCGGCACCCGCGCCUCACGGGCCUCAAGGUCCGCGCCGGCGUCACGCGUGCCGUCGUCUCCAACGCGGUGGACGCGUGGGUCAGCGGCACCGUGGGUACGGACAUGCCUCUAGAACAGUGGAACUCAUUGUUCGAAGGCGAACCGCCGGCGCUUCUGACUGACCAAGAACGAGAAGAAUGGCUUCGGAAGAUGGACAAAGUCGCGCUCGCAUCUGAUGCGUUCUUUCCCUUCAGAGACAACAUAGAUAGAGCUGCGCAGUGUGGCGUACAAUACAUUGCUAGUCCGGCUGGCUCUAACAACGACAAGGAAGUGAUUGACGCAUGCAACGAACACAAAAUCACUCUCGCGCACACCAACCUCCGACUGUUCCACCAUUAAAACUUCGAAUCUCUUAAGCAUCAGAUCCAAACGGGAAUCUCCAUAAGCAUCC